AUGCGAUUGAUACCAGGAUUUAUUUCAAUCGCUACAAUCUUACUGCCAACGGUUACAGCUAUAUUUGCAGAUAAUGCAUACGACACUGAUUAUCACCACGAACUAAUAGGGUUACCUCAACCUGAAACAACAUUCUUUUACAGACCGCGGAAAAAUGAUAAAGCUUCGCUACUUUACACAGUUACUGACCUUGGAAUUCUAGGCGCCAUCAAUCCUGGUACUGGUAAGCUACUCUGGCGACAAAUACUUGGAGAGAGAAACGCGACAAAGAUUUUAAGGGGCUCAGAAAGCGCAAGCAUAAUUUUCUCAGCAGUAGGCAGUGAGGUCUCGGGUUGGGAUUCUGUUAGUGGAAUGUUAAAGUGGAGCAUCGAAUUUCCCGGAAAUAUCAAGGAUCUGGAAACCAUAGACACUGUUGGGGACGAAAGCUUGAUUGGAAACAUAUUGGUGCUCUAUGAAGAAGAUGGUAUUGGGGUAGUUCGAAUGCUUAAAAGCGAUACUGGUGACCUUGUAUGGGAACUUAAGGACAAGGAUGGUGGCAUUCCAUGGAAACUGAGCAAGAACUUGAGUAAUUUUUUUUUGAUCUCAUUGCUAGAUAUAAAAGACUCCUAUAACAUAAGGACUGUAGUUAUCAGCUCUGAGAAAGGAGAUAUAACCCACGAAUACACCAUCGCUAGCAAGGCUGAUAUUCAUACAAGCGACGACAUCCUGUUUGCGGGUAAAAAUUCAGCAUCUCCAGUUCUUGCUUGGAUAGACAACGCCAAGAAAUACCUUAUCAUCAAUGUCAUAACCCAGACUGGUGCCUUCAAAGAUAUACUUCCAAUUAGAGAAUUUGACAGCCUUGAAAAUAUCUCCAUAUACGCCCCCAAUCUUUUUCAAUCGAGACCUCACUUUUUGGUCAACAUGCAAUCAAACAACUCUGACAAAGCUGGAGUAUAUCACAUUGAUCUGAAAGAAGGAAAAAUAGAACGAGCAUACGAACUUCCAGAAUCAAACAGAAGAGGAACUAUAUCGAUUAGCUGCCAUGAUACAAAUGUAUACUUUACCAAGAUUACAAAAGACGAGAUGAUUAGUGUUUCAUCAAUAUCUCCCUCUAUUUUGGCAAGAUGGUCAGUAAAUAUUGAAAACUCCGGAGAACUGUUACACGCUGCUUCUGAAGUAGUACGAAAAUCAGAAAAUUCUUAUGCUAUAAGAGCUGCUGCUCUUACUACCAGCGAAACUUUGGUUAUGAUAAGGAAUGGCGAGCAAAUCUGGGCUCGUCAAGAAGGACUAUCUGGAGCUAUCGCAGCUGAGUGGGUUGAGAUCCCACAAACUGAAAAUCUUGCUGCUACUCUUCACGCCGAGGCUCACAGCAAUCCCCUUACUGCAUACAUUCACCGAGUUAAUCGUCACUUUCAUGAUCUAUACUAUCUACCUGGCUAUCUUAGAAAUCUGCCGGAACGCGUACUUGGCAGUAUUUUUCAUACUCAGGUUACCAAAAAAACAAAUCUGCUCAUACGAGAUAUCUUUGGCUUCAAUAAACUCGUAAUGGUAGCCACUUUGCGUGGUAGUCUAUAUGCUCUCAAUUCAGGUAAUCGAGGUACUGUUGUAUGGCUCGUGAAGAUAGCUGAGACUCCUAUUUCAAAAGGAUGGAAUGUUAAAGCGCUCUGGGGAGAUAAUAUUGCGGGUGUUGUCAGCAUUAUUGGAUCGGACGGUAGUUUUACCUCAUUAAAUGCUUCUACAGGUGGUGUAAUAGAAAGAACUGGGCCUCAAACAUCAUCUUACACGAAACAUACAGCUGUAGUAAAGAGCUCCAUCGGUCGAUUAAUACUCAACAUGGACGAAACUGGAAUUCCACAGGCAAUUACUUCAAACCAUACUCCAGCUGGCCCGAUUGUCACGAGAGGAAAGCACGGUGAGGUACAAGGAGUAAGGUUUGAUGGGCCAAGCAAUAAUUCUCCCAUUGUUGCUUGGACCUUUCAGCCAAAUUUCGGUGAGGAGAUUAUUAAUGUUGUCUCAAGGCCUAGUCACGACCCUGUUGCUUCUAUUGGAAAAGUUUUGGGCGAUAGAAAUGUUCUCUACAAGUAUUUGAAUCCGAACAUAAUUCUAGUUACUUCUGUAUCAAAUAAGACAUCUACCGCAUAUUUCUACUUGUUGGACAGUAUUUCUGGCGAUAUUCUACACUCUUCCAGUCACGAGAGAGUUGAUAUCGGACAGCCUAUACCUUCAUUACUUACAGAAAACUGGUUUGUCUACUCUGUAUGGAGUGAUGUUGUAUCUGAUGUUAAUGGUCUUCCAUCCUCAAAGGGUUAUCAAAUUGUUGUCUCUGAACUCUUCGAGACAGCACGUCCGAAUGAUCGUGGUCCUCUCGAUUCUACUAAACAGUUUUCAAGUCUUGAACCCUCCGAUCAAGCUAACGAAGAAUUGGCCUUACCACACGUUGUCACCAAGGCGUUUCUUAUACCUGAACCUAUUAGCCAUAUGAUCGUCUCCCAAACACGACAAGGUAUCACAUCGCGGCAACUUAUAUGCACUCUACCUCAUUCAAAUUCUAUCAUUGGAAUACCCCGCACAAUACUAGAGCCUCGUCGACCUGUAGGCCGUACUCCGACUCCCCUUGAAGCUGAAGAAGGGCUAUCGCAAUACCAACCAACCAUUGAUUUUCAUCCUCAAAUGGUUAUUACGCAUGAGCGGGAAGUAAUGGGGAUUCAGAAUAUUAUUACUUCUCCGUCUGUCUUAGAAAGUACUAGUCUAAUCUUUGCUUAUGGCCUCGAUAUUUUUGGUACAAGAGUAACGCCGAGUCAGGCUUUUGAUAUACUUGGAAAAGACUUCAAUAAGAUUAGCCUACUGGCUACUAUCAUAGCAUUAGCAGCUGGUGUUGCAGUGUUGGCACCCAUGGUAAAAAGAAAGCAAAUAAAUGGAUCGUGGAUGAGUACUUGA